AUGUAUCGUCUUCCGCAAAACGCCCCCACGCCACCAUUCAGCUUUAUGAACCCUCCCUCCACACCAUGGCGUCGAAACGACGUAUCGCCGUCCGCUAAACGCUGUCUCUGUGUGCUGGCAAAUUUUUCCAGCCGUUCCACAACGUCCUGCAACCCUCCUAGCGUCAAGACGACGUAUCGUCGUCCGCAGAAACGUCAAACAUCACCCUCGGGUUUCCAGAACCCUUCCACCUCGCCAUGGCGUCGAGACGACAUAUCGUCGUCCGCUAAACGCCCUCUACGUGCUGCGAUAUUUUUCCAACCGUUGCACAACGCCCUGCACCCCUCCUGGCCCCAAGACGACGUAUCGUCUUCCGCUAAUCGGUCACACGCCUCCCUCCAACUUCAAAAGCCCUUCCACCUUUCCAUGGGUCUCCCAGGCCGCGAGACGACGUAUCGCCGUCCGCUAAACGCCUUCUACGUGCUGGAAAAUAAUCCCAACCGUUCCACAAUGCCGCUAGCCCGAAGACGACGUAUCGUCUUCCGCCAAACGGCCCCACACCACCCUCGGGCUUCCAGAACUCUUCCACCUCGCCAUCGGUCCCCCAGGUGUCGAGACGACGUAUCGACGUCCGCUAAACGCCCUCCCUACAUGCUGGAUUUUUUUUCCAGCCGUUCCCCAACACUGUCCAUCCCUCCUGACCCCAAGACGACGUAUCGUCGUCCGCAGGACUGUUAA